AAAUUUGUAAAUUUGAGGAUUCAAGAGAGAGAGAGAGAAAAUGGGUUCAUCGAAAGAAGGCAGAGGAAGUAGAAUCCUAAGAGGAAUCAAGACUCUGUUUUUCUUAAUGGCUAUGUUAUUCUCUCUCUUACUCUGCGCACCGGUUCUUUUAGUCAUCGCCGACGCAAUCCUCCCGUCGGCACUACUCUCCGCCUCCCUUUCUCCUCAGACCUCUCUCUCUUUUCAAACGAUCUACUCUCAUUUCAAAACCUACGACUUUCGCUACACUCUUGUCGACGUCCCACUCAUCUCCAUCCUCCGUUCUGCAAUCAUUUUCUGUGUUUACAGCAUCUGCGAUGGACCGAGUUUAUCAAGAGGUCCUUAUUUAGGAAUCGCAAUGGUGUGUUCGAUUUCGUCGGUUGUUUUUGUUUCGGUUAAGGCUUCGUUUGUUUUCAGCGAGCCGAGAGGAGGGGGAAGAGAUGAUCAUGCUAGAGCCAUGGAGAUGGCGAUGUUCAUAAGUUCAUUGAUCUUGGCUGUGGGUCAUAUGGUUGCUGCUUAUAGAACUAGUUGCAGAGAAAGAAGGAAACUUCUUGUUUUCAAAAUUGACAUUGAAGCUGUAUCUUCAGCAUGUAAGAAUGGUUUUCCCAAGUAUCACAAAAUUCUUCAAGAAGAGAGAAUCAAAGCAGUUAAAGGCAAUUUAUGAUCUAUUAUUGGCUUCUUCUUCUUUCUUAUUCUUAUUGUUGUUGUUAAACAACCCCCUUUACCCAUAGCCAUAUAUUAGGCAACUACAAUUUUCCAAGCCAAACCCUAAAACCCAACCUUCAUUUCAGGUAAAAUCAUCAAUUUCUCUCUAAACUAGCUGUAAUUGGGCGGCCAGAGAGGCAUUAGUUAGCAUUUUAAAUACCAUAUAUGUAUAUACAUAUACAUACACACAUCCCAUAUGGAUGUGAUACAAAAUUUGUACAGCUCAUCAUUAUCAAUAUAUAGUUAUUAACUUAUUAGCAUCUCUUUCUCCUUUCA